AUGUGUCUGCUCUACACUUUCCUUGCUCUGCUCUCUCUCUGCUAUGGUUUCGAUCCUCGCUGUCCUGGACGAUGCAGCUGUGACUCAGAGCAGUCGGUGCAAUGCUACAGGCUAAUGGAGGUGCCAUCGGGCAUUCCUUCCACCACCAAGAAGCUCUACAUCAGCCACAGCAAAAUUCAACACCUUCAGCUAUCUAACUUUACCCAAAUGUUAGCUCUAGAAGAUUUUCUUCUGCUGGCCAGUGGAACAGAGUCAGUAGAAAACAACACUUUCAAAACUCUGAGUACUUUGAAGACCUUGGAACUUUGGAAAAAUAAGUUAAGACGGGUCCCCCAUGCUCUCCCGGCCAGUCUUGAAGUGUUAAAACUAAAUGAUAAUUCAAUAUAUGUCCUUCACGGAUCUGAUUUUGAAGGACUGAAGAAAUUAAAAAUCCUUGAACUGAAAAACAAUCUGAUCUCUUCUGUCUCUCCCAGUAUGCUCUCCUCCCUUGUCAGUCUGCAAAGCUUGAUGUUAGACGCCAACAACAUCGAGAAUGUGGAGGGACCGCUGGCACUUCCCCAUCUGAAACAUCUGAGCAUGGAGAAUAACAAGCUACAUCUCAUACCAGCUAGCUUCUUCACUUCCCUUCAGUCUCUGCAAUUUCUCAGUUUCAGUAGUAACUUUCUGACUAAAAUUCCUAUUAACCUCCCCAAAUCUUUGCUCUCUUUAAAAAUGGAGAGAAACCGGCUCAAAGCGGUGAGGUUUCGAGAUAUGAAACACUUAGAGAAUCUUUCCCAUCUUUACCUGUCAGAAAACUCACUCUCUUCCAUCGAGGGGGCACAGCUCCUUGCCAAUUUAACCACCCUUGAGGUGUCCCAAAACCAACUUCAGACGUUGCCCCUCCGACUACCAGCCCGGCUACAAAAGCUGGAUAUCAGCAAUAAUCUGAUUCGGAAAGUUACGGCGCAAGAGUUCCGGGACCUCCGAGAUUUGAAACACUUGUUUCUGGACAACAACACUGUCAGCUUGUUUGAAGCUGGAGCCCUGCAGAAGUGUUCCCAGCUCUCCAAUUUGGCCUUGGAGCAGAACCUACUCCUGUCUAUACCUCUGCGGCUCCCAGGAACCUUAGCCAGGCUGGACCUAAAAGGCAAUGCCAUCCAGGACAUUGCUGAGAGGGAGGUCAAGGAUCUGAAGCAGCUUCAGGUUCUAAACCUCAGGAACAACAAGCUUUCCGCUUUAGACCUCAAAGCCCUGGAGAUGCUGCCUCGCCUCCGGCACCUGUAUCUGGAUGGAAAUCCGUGGAAUUGCACCUGCAGCCUCCUGAGAGCCAGAGAGGUCCUGAAGGCCAAGGGCACAGAUGUGAGGGGAGGACAGUGCGUGGCACCAGCUGAACGACAAGGGGAGAGCUGGAUGUCUUCCAAGAAGAUCAUGAAGCAAUGUGAGCAUCACUUACAUCUGACCGAGAAAAGCAAAGAGACCAAAAAGAAACCAAAGCUGGAGGAGCAAGCCAGCAUCAGAAUCAAUGUGGAUGAGGAUUACUAUGAUUAUGAGAUAGAUUAA